CUCUUCUCACUCUCUCUCUCACUCUUCUCUCUCUCUUUCUCUGUGUCUGUCUGUGGCAGAUAGUCAAUAUUCAGUGUAUCGACCUCACAAUUGAAGAUGUGGUCACACCAGAGGUUUCAAAGUUUUGGAUUGAAAGAAGGUCAAAACGUUUGAAUAGAACCGUGCGUCAGUCCCACAGGUCAGAUGUUAAGCUCAGUCAUGUGAUCUGGACAGUUCGAGUGAGGCGGCUGGCGAAAGACGUGGAAUGGCGAGACGAUGACCGUGAACACAGUCCACCUGCUGUGUGUCAGCUGGAUAUCCGUGUCUGUUAUUGGCACCGUUUCCUGCUCUGCCGGUGUUUGCGUUUGUGCGAAGCCUUUCCGAGGUAUCUCUUCCGUAAAAGAAAAAAAACAAAAAACCAAGAAACCAGCCAGGGCCUGGGACACAACGCAGGAUGAACGUCACGUCGCUGUUUUCCUUCACCAGCCCAGCGGUGAAGCGGCUGCUGGGCUGGAAGCAGGGCGACGAAGAGGAGAAGUGGGCCGAGAAGGCUGUGGACGCGCUCGUCAAGAAGCUGAAGAAGAAGAAGGGCGCCAUGGAGGAGCUGGAACGCGCACUCAGCUGCCCCGGCCAGCCCAGCAGCUGCGUGACCAUCCCGCGCUCGCUGGACGGACGACUGCAGGUGUCGCAUCGUAAAGGGUUACCGCAUGUCAUCUACUGCCGCGUGUGGCGCUGGCCUGACCUGCAGUCGCACCACGAGCUCAAAGCACUCGAGUGCUGCCAGUUUCCUUUCGGAUCCAAGCAGAAGGACGUGUGCAUCAACCCAUACCACUAUAAAAGGGUGGAUAGCCCAGUUCUGCCACCGGUCCUGGUGCCUCGAAACAGCGAGUUUAAUGCCAAGCUGUCCAUGCUGCCACGCUUUCGCAACCCGCUGCACCAGACGGAGCCACACAUGCCCCACAACAUUAAAUACCCGGAAUCGUUCACCCAGCAGCCGGGCAACAGCAUACCGUUCGGCCCCAACUCACCCUCCAACAGCUACCCAGGCUCGCCCAACAGCGGCACGGCGAGCACCACAACCACCACCACCACCAACACCACCUUUCCACACUCACCUGGCAGCUCUGAGCCCAGCAGUCCCUUCCAGAUGCCAGAAACUCCGCCACCUGCGUAUAUGCCCCCUGAGGAGCCAAUGACACAGGACUGUCCCCAGCCAAUGGACACCAACCUGCUGGCCCCAAACCUGCCUGCAGAGAUCAACAACCGGACAGACGUGCAUUCGGUGGCGUACGCAGAACCCAAGCACUGGUGCUCCAUCGUGUACUACGAGUUGAAUAACCGGGUCGGAGAAGCUUUCCUGGCGUCCUCGACCAGCGUCCUGGUGGACGGCUUUACCGAUCCGUCCAACAAUCGCAACCGCUUCUGCCUGGGCCUGCUGUCUAACGUCAACCGCAACUCCACCAUCGAGAACACACGCAGGCACAUCGGCAAAGGCGUGCACUUGUAUUACGUAGGAGGCGAGGUGUACGCCGAGUGCCUGAGCGACAGCAGCAUCUUCGUGCAGAGCCGCAACUGCAACUACCACCACGGCUUCCAUCCCACCACCGUUUGCAAGAUCCCGAGCGGCUGCAGCCUCAAGAUCUUCAACAACCAGGAGUUCGCCGAGCUACUCGCCCAGUCGGUCAACCACGGCUUCGAGGCCGUGUACGAGCUCACCAAGAUGUGCACCAUCCGCAUGAGCUUUGUCAAGGGCUGGGGAGCUGAAUACCAUCGGCAGGACGUGACCAGCACCCCCUGCUGGAUCGAGAUCCACCUCCACGGACCGCUGCAGUGGCUGGACAAGGUUCUCACGCAGAUGGGCUCUCCUCACAACCCCAUUUCCUCUGUGUCCUAAACACUCCGCCUCCGGGUUUCCAUGGAGAUGUGUUGGUGGAGGAGGAGGGAAAGGGGUUAAUGAUGGGGGCGGGUGAAGCGGCCGUAUAUGAUUUGACUGGCAGCGGGAAAAGAGGCCAGUCAGUGAACAUCUGGGAGAUACUUGAUAACUCUGUGACCAAUCGUAUUCAUUGAUCAGGCCAUCGUACUCGUUGCAAGUAUCCUCCAUUGGUCUUGUGACAGCAGGCGCUUUCCUAUUUCACAUUUUUCUCCUUUUUUUUUUCCCCUUUCGUUUGCAAAAAUACGUCAGUAUUCCAGCGAAGGGGGGAGGGACUUGUGUAGGUACAGUAGAAGAGGUUAUGCGACUUGACUGACCUGCUUAGAGAUAAAAUGGAAAAAAAAAAUGUCCAUAAUUGUAGACAUGAUGAACUUUCUAGAAAAGUGUCUGUGCAGUGUAGAGCAGAAUGUAUUACCAUUUUUAUGCUCUUUUUGUUUUUGCAAGAAAAUGUAGCAAAAAAUGACAAAAAUAAAUAAUUCUAGAGUGGAGAAAGAGAAAAAAUGGAGAUGGGAGAUGAAGUGGAUGCGAGCUGAUCGAAGGUGUUGUAAAGGGAAAACGGUGUACGGCAUGAAGUUCGCAGAGCACGAGCGCACACUGGAAGGCAGACUGAAAAAAACGCUCUACUUUUAUUGCAUCCAGUUGAUUUCAGAUGAUUUUUAAAGGUAGUGUAAAAAGUAGUUGUGCUGAUUUUUAGAGAAAAUGCUGUGCAGUCUGUUUUUGUUAUUAUUUUAUUUUAUUUCAUUUUUUUCCCCCAAGGAAGAGUAAUAAGUGUUAUUAUAAUAAUAGGCAAAAAGAGAGCACUCGUCAUCUAAUUUCUUAAAUCUUUAUUAUAAUGAAUAAAGACACCGACGUCUGUUCUCCUUAAUGAAAAUGGAGCGACACACGGCUCCAGCGGGUUGCUCUUCAGGACGAAGAAAGCCGUUUAUGACAAAGCUUCUUAAAAAAAAUAAUGAAAUAAAGAUCGAAGUUAAUCUCAGCAUGGAAGUAGCAAGGAAUAUUCUAAUCACCGGAUAAGGUGAAGUUAAAGUGUAAGUAAGAUGACAGAGUUGUAGAUGCUCGACGUUUCAUACGUUUCAUUAUAACGACGAUAAUAAUGAAGUUAAUGUUAGUAAUACGGUUAAAAAAAAAAAACAUCCUGCAUUUUUUCUCCUCCUCCUGCAGUAAACGUCAGAACCGAGAACAGAGCAUUGACUUCUGUGUAGCUUUCAAACCUAAAUACGAAAAAAAAAACUCGAUUCCGAUCGGUUCUCACCAUGGCAACCGCUAGCUUAUAAUAAUAAAACGGGGAUUAAACAAACUGAUGUUUACAUAUAGAAAUACAACAGAAAACUAACCUGAAAUUAAAUGAUCUCAUCAUUCAUUGUUUUUAAUGAAAAUCUCUGGGUAGGCGGGGCAUGUUCUCUGUCGUCUGUCAAUCACAGCGACAGCAGCCAAUGACGAGGCGUCGUGGAUGUGGUGGAUGUGGAAAAGAGGUCGAUCCAAAAAAAAUAAUAAUAAUUGUAUUUAAUUUUUCUAAAUAGUUUUCCACCAAGAUCCUAAAAUAAUCUUCAAUUAUUAUUAUUAUUAUUAUUAUUAUUACUAUUAUUAUUACUAUUAUUAUUAUUAUUAGAAUAAAAUCUCUCUCACACACAAACACACACACACACACACUCCUGACCAUGACAGAUCAGUGCAUUAAAUAAGGAAAUGAAUUUCAAUUGCAUUCCAUUGAACAACGUGUUUUUCCUCGUUCCUCGUACAUAGGUUUUAUACAAAACAUGCAGUAUAUUUUUUUCCACACCAUAAUUACUAACUAAAUAAAUAUGCCUGAGCAGAUUAUUUAAUGCGCCAGACCCUCAGUGAUUUGAGCAAACCUUCAUGGGGUAACAAGCGUUUUUUUGUUUGUUUUUAAAUAUUUCGAUUUUAAGGAGGUUAGUAAACUUUCAGCGAUAAACUGUCAUCAUCAUCAGCAAGAGCAUCAGCUCUACUCCACAAGUCGGUCCCCUGACUUAACAAGUCUGUAUCGAAUCUGUUUUGCAAUGCAGAGAACGGGAUUAUGUGUAAACGUCCAGUCGUGUCACAAGUCGUGUCUCGACUGUUUAACGGCACAACGCAAGGAUGUUACUGCUGUUGUGUAUAAAAUCCUUACUGCUUUAUUCCACUUAUACAGCAGUUAGCGUUUUCUUACUUUAACAUACAGUAUUCAUUUUAUACACUUAGGCUCACUUAGGAAGGUCACUUACAUUUUAGCCUUUUACACAGAUGUUCCUUCACAAGCCUGUUUUUUUUUCUCUCUCUUUGUCUCCUGUGAUACGGCUCUGUGUUAAGACACAUUUUGAUGUAUGAAACAUAUGAAAACAGGAAGUAGCCCAGGAACCAAACAUGGAGAAAACUUGCUUGUUGGAAAAUCCAGUGAGUUCUGAUGAACAAGUUAUAUUUGUAAAAUAAUUUCUCUGAGAAAUUUACUGACACGCAGCAUAUUUUGUCAUUUUUAUUCCGGUGAAUAUUUCAUUCUUUCCUUUUUUGCGUUUUUGCUGACAGCUCUGCAAACAUCUAAAGCUCACACACUCUACAAAUCAGACCCUGAGAGUCCUUGUGUAAUGAUUUACUCGUCCAUGAAUUUUACCAUAUGUAAAUAAGUUUUUUUUAAAAAUAACUGAAAUGAUGUAUUUCGGUGGACACUUUAAACUCACAACCUUCUGAUAACGAGCACGCGGAAAUUAGACCCCAAUCCAAACAAAGUGCAGCUUUAUAGUACACAGAGAUUAUCACUUCAUGGUUGGAUUAUCACUUCACGGUUGGAACUUUUGACCCUAUGAUACUUUAUUACUUCAUUGAGUUAUUCAUCAUUAAAGGAACAGUUGUGAAUCUUGCCUUUUUAAAAUAUUUGAAAGAAAAAAAAACUGAUUUAAUUUGGUUUAUUUCUAAAUAGCACUAUUUGAUUUUUUUUGUAAAAAAAUAUAUAUAUAUAUAUAUAUUUUUGAUUAACUUUCUUUUUUUAAAUUCAAGAGAAAUCCCAUCCUAUGUUGUUGUUGUUGAUGUUUUUUUUAUUUUUUUAUUUUUUAUGUGCACUUUUCCAUGUGGCUUUGUGUCUUUGUUUGUGUCUUCCUUUCUUUUCUUUUUUUGUGCUGUUGUUGCUGUGUAGUGUUUUCCAGAAAGCAGGUUUUAGCCAUGAUUAUCAGAACUCUACUGGAAGAUACAAUAAUAAAAUUGUUUCAGUAUA